UUGCUUUCAUACAAAUGACGAAUAUGCAAUAAAAGUACUGUAGUAUGGAAUAGUUUUUGUGUAUAUUUAUAUUUACACAUUGUGAUAAAAACGUUGAAAGUUCUGUGUGGUUAGUAUAACCAUUUACAUUAAAAUUGUUAGUAACAAUGGAUGAUGAUGAAAACACAAUUUGGUGCGGUAAUUUACACGAUAAAGUUACAGAAGACAUUCUUUACGAAUUGUUUAUGCAGGGUGGGCCUGUGACUAAAGUGAAUAUACCAAAGGACCGCGAUGGUAAACAAAAAAAUUUUGGUUUUGUAACAUAUAAGCAUGUGUGCUCGGUACCGUAUGCUUUGGACCUGUUUGAUGGUACAGUUUUAUUCAAUCGACCAAUGAAUAUGAAAUCCAGAAGUAAUAAUUUGGACAGCUCUCAUCACCAACAGCAGCAACAGCCGCAAGGAAAUGUAUUUGAUAACAGACGCGAUAAUCAAAACGAAUUGUAUUUAGGACAACAAAUUUUGUUGGGUGCUAUUGCUCCUAUGGCAUAUAUUUCUAAUUCUCCAAACACUAUGUUUAUGAUGCCAGGUUCUGUUGCUUAUCCUAGUCAAACUUCUCUUUAUUCUCAAACGCCUCAAAAUUCUGCAGAAUACAAUAGAAGUAAUAGACAUCAUAGUAGAAAUCAUCCCUAUAUAGAUCAUGAUCGAUAUAACGAUAGACAUAGCAGUCGUCAAGAAUCCUUUAACCGUGACCAUAAAUCUUAUAAAAGCUCAUCUCACCGAUCAAAUCGUCAUGAUAAGAGAAAAUAUUACUAGAAUUAUUUGAUAAUUACUGACCUAUAAAAUGAUGUAAAUCUUGUUUCCAAUUAUCUUGCAAUUACGAAGAAAAAUUUGACUUAAUUAAUUUUCUUUUAUAAUCAUAUGAAUUUAUAUUCAAA